AUGAACUCUACAUUCGUGACAAGCACAUUAACAUUCACAUACGAUGCAUUGUCAAUAAAUAUUCAAGCAUGGUUCAUCCCACUUGAUAUUCUCGCAAUUACAUCGAUGAUUUGUGUUAUUCUUCUAUCCAUCGUUUAUUUAGUUCUUCUUAUUGUCGAUAAAGCAUGUCACACCGUUCCAAUGUUGCUAAUUGGUAAUACUUGUUUCAUUGCUUUUCUAGCUGCGUGUAGUAUUCUCAGCAUGUCGAUAUUUACACUUCAAAAUGAUCUCAAACAAAUUAAAUAUCAGGAUUCAUACUGCAUCUUUCGAGGUUAUACUGCUUAUGUCGUUUGUACACUAUUCAACUUCUCAUUCGUUCUUCAAGCUGUACAUAGAUACUUGACCGUUGUUUAUCCAACUCGUUUCUUUUUGCAUUCAGCGAAAUUCUAUCUUUGCCUGAUUAUUUGCACAUGGAUAUUUGGUAUUGUAUUCCCAUUUCCGUUUGUAUUUACAAAUGAAAUAACUUACAAUGCCNCAUACUGCAUCUUUCGAGGUUAUACUGCUUAUGUCGUUUGUACACUAUUCAACUUCUCAUUCGUUCUUCAAGCUGUACAUAGAUACUUGACCGUUGUUUAUCCAACUCGUUUCUUUUUGCAUUCAGCGAAAUUCUAUCUUUGCCUGAUUAUUUGCACAUGGAUAUUUGGUAUUGUAUUCCCAUUUCCGUUUGUAUUUACAAAUGAAAUAACUUACAAUGCCGACAAUCAAAUCUGUCAAUUACCAUUUCGACUCUCUUGGCCUAUUCUUUACAUCGUACAUUGCGCUUAUCUAAUUCCUGUUCUGUUGAUUAUGUUCAUUUACUUUAAAUUAGUCCGAUAUGUUCGUCAUAUGAGUAGACGUAUUACGCCAGUGAAUACUUUACUUCGUGCACAACGAGGAUUGAAAAUGGUUCAACGUACAAUUAUCAUCGUCGCGAUUUUAGUUAUACUUUGCUUUCCUUAUGCUCUGUUCAUUGGAAUAUCGUUCUUUACUCCGCCACCGAAGUAUCACUUUCGAAUUGCUUAUAUCUUUGCUGAUUUAUCAAUAGUAUCAGUUAUGUUGGCUUUAUUUCAAUUUACUGAUUCGCUCAAAGAAUCUUUUAUGAAAAGAAUCAAUGGAACGUCAAAUACUUAG